AUGCUACCUAUCCGACCAGGGUCUCGAGAAGGCACUGUUUCGCUCGAAGUGUCAAUCAAGAAGUGUGAGCAGACAAAACAGUGGAGCGCAGCCCUGCAGUUGCUCCGCGAAGCAGUUCAACUAGGUGUGAAACUUUUACCCGGCCACUACAUUGCGACCGUUGGCGCAUGCAGAACAAGCGGGCAAUGGCAACGGGCACUGUCGGUGCUCGGCGAGAUGUGGGGGUCGAAGGUUGAGCCCAAUGUCAUCAGCUACUGCGCCGGGGUCAGCGCAUGCGAGAAGGGCGGACAGUGGCAGUGGGCCCUGUCGUUGCUCAGUGACUGGUCGGAGGCGAAGCGCGAUCCCGACUCGCCUUCGGAAUAUUCUCUACAACGCUGGGAUCGGCGCGUGUGGGAAAGGCCAGCAGUGGCAGCGGGCUGUGGCGCUGCUCAGGAAAAUGUGUGA